AUGCUGCCUCAAAUUCUUAAUCUGAAUCUCGACGAGAUAAGUCCGAGCUCACUUUUAUACAAACUCGCACAGUCUAUGAAGAAAGAACCCAACCUCCUUGCCUGCUCACAAUGCCAGCGAACCAGCCGUUGCCUAAAAGAGGAAACCAAGCCAGAUGAUGAAAUAAGUGAUGAGAAAGAUAGAGCAUCUCAAAACAUGACAAAGAAAGCCAAACUAGAUACUGUGAAUGAUUCUCCCAUUUUAAAACCAAUUAAACACUUUAGAUUAAUCCAUUGCCUUCCAUGUGAUCAUCUAGUUUGCAUUGUUUGUCUAAGAGAAUUGGGUUUGAAAGCAUUAAGGACCUGCCCAGUUUGUAAUCAAAAUGUAUUUGACGCAACAAUCUGGCGUCUUACAUGUGCGCUCCUGUCCAAUCUCGUUCUUGUCGAGAGCAGUGUUAUAACGUCCACCAUGAGCCACCAACAGUUCAAAAGCACAAUAGGGCAGGAUAAACCUGUCUACCUCUAUGUCAACCAGAAUGAUUAUCAUUGUCGCAAGUACUUAUCAAGCCAACAAGAGGAAGGCUAUAACAUAUCCAAACAACUCGAUGUCAUUUUGGUUUCAGAUGAAUAA